CUGUCUCGCACCCUUGAGCCCGCCAGGGACAAAACCCUGAGUGCCCCGGCUCAGCUGGCACAUGUCCCACCUCCGAGGGGCGUCCCAGCUGCGAUCUCCUGCCUGUGCCCCCCAGGAACGGGCACGGCCGGUGUUGUUGAUGUUCUAAAGCACCCGCCCGGGGCCGUUGGGUUUUAUGUUACGGUGCGCGUUGUGGUUUGCCACGUCUCAGCGCUCAGGUGCGUCGAUGGCCGCCCACAGAAGGAUGCGGGUUUACUUCUGACCUUGCAGCCCAAAAAUAGCUGCACGUUUCUUCCUAAAUUAACACGCGGAGCAGCUGUUCGCCUUCACCGAAAUUAGUGACGCUCCGUGAGCAGCCGGCGCUGGAAAGCGGACCUUUCGGAGGAGCAGCUGCAGCAGCCGCGGCCACGCCGGGACCGAGCAGGAAGGAUGGCCGGGGGGCGCCUCCCGGGGCUGCUUUUCAUCUUGCACGCCGCGGCUCGCCUGGCCGCCGAGCAAGAAGUUGAAAACCUCUCCGGGCUCUCCCCUAACCCCGAGAAGGACAUCUUCGUGGUGCGGGAAAACCGGACGACGUGCCUCAUGGCCGAAUUCGCCGCCAAGUUCAUCGUCCCCUACGACGUAUGGGCCAGCAAUUAUGUGGAUCUGAUCACGGAGCAAGCCGAUAUCCCGCUGUCGCGGGGCGCCGAGAUGAAGGGCAAGUGCGGCACGAACGAGUCGGAGCUGGAGCUCUCCUGGCUGGACCAAGCGUACACCCUCAAACUCUCCUUCCUGAAGGAGGGGCACAACACAUCCCGGGGACCGGAGGCGUCCUGGAGGCUCAGCCGGAUCCAGUUCACUUACGACACCUCCGAGCGCACCUACUUCAAGGAUGCCGUCAGCCCCGGGAAGCACACGGCCAGCUCGCACCGCCUCUCGGCCCUGGUGACCCCCGCCGGGCGCUCCUACGAGUGCCAGGCGCAGCAGACCAUCGCCCUCGUCUCCAGCGACCACCAGAAGUCCGUGCAGCUCCUGCUGUCGGAAGUGCGGCUCCAGCCCUUCGACAUCCCCGCGGAUUUUGUCUUCAGUGAAGAACACAAGUGCCCGGUGGACCAGAGGGAGCAGCUGGAGGAAACCCUGCCCCUGAUCCUGGGGCUGAUCCUGGGGCUGGUUAUCGUGAUCACCCUGGGCAUUUACCACAUCCACCACAAGCUGACAGCCAGCCAGGUGCAGAUCCCUCGGGACAGAUCUCAGUACAAGCACAUGGGCUAGGGAGCGGGACCGAGCAACCCGAGCGUUUAUCAGGUAGAAAAAGCAAAAGCACUUUUUUCUGUGGGCGAGGAAAGGUUCUGGGGAGGGCAAGGGAUGGUAUUCACAGCACCUAAUGCUGAGUAUUUCAUGGAGACGCUCAGGCUAAGGCUUGGCUUUAGCGCAGACUCUGUAAGGAGACUCUGUGUCUGUAGGUGGUUUGAAUACCUUCUUUAAGCAGCUGGGCUGAUCAUCUGGAUACAGAAAUGCUUCACGUGUCAGAGUUUCACACUAGGAGCACAAUUAACUUCCUUAUUUUAUUUAUUUUUUCCCUUCUUCCCAUCUUAAGGGAUUCUUACCUCCCCCUGCAUCACCUUGGGAGCAUUCAGCCCUCCACGUUCCUGUCCAUGCAGGAAGCAGGGUUGAGGGAGAGAAAGCCAUUGCACAGGGUUCAUUCAGUCCCUCUAAUGAAGGGACUCAGACCACAUCCCUAAAUUUGCACUCAUGUUAAGAAAAGCAUGGAGGCAAAUGCAGGUGUGCUUUGGGGAAAAAGAAAAAUUAAAAAAAAUCAAGGUCAGUAACUCCAGUGCAGCAGAUCACAGCUGACCCCACACUUGAGACUGAGUGAAGAAAGUUUGUUUUUGCUUCUUGAGCCACAUCUGAACUAAACUUAGGAAAAAAAAAAAAAAAAAAAAAAAAAAAAAAAAAAAAAAGAAAAAGAAGUAUUGAUACACAAAUUAUAAAGUGCCGUGCUACUGCAAGUCAACCGAGAAAUGCUUCUGGCUGGGCAUCCUGCACGUAUUGUGAUUGUGGUUGAGAUGUUACAUUGCUACCUGCAACUGAUAAUUUUCACAACAAAAAAAAAAAAAAAAAAAAAAAAGAGAAAAAGAAAACAGUAAUGUUAAAGUUACUAUGCAGAUUAUUCAGGUAUAAUCUAAUGUAACAGAAAAAAUACAAGGGAAUUCUUGAAACUGAUCCUUAAAUGUAGAUGAUUUUUAAAAUUAAUUAAAACAUGUGCAUAUAUGA